AUGAUUCGAUUUCUUCUUGUUUUAAUCUGCAUCAACUAUGGAUAUGGGUAUCCCGAAGGUGCACCGACUGAGAUAUGUGACACGAUGAUGCCAAAUCAUCAUGUAGCACCGAAACAAUGUCAAACAAAGUAUAUUAUCGAAACGGAUAAAUCCGUAUAUUAUCCUGAUGAUAUUGUUCGAAUCACUGUUCAUGGUGUAACAGAUAACGAUCAUUUUAAAGGAAUUCUUCUUAUGGCUAAAAAUCAACCUAAUCAGCAGAUUGUUGGAACAUGGUCAACAACGAAUUCACCAGUUAAAACAAUCGAUUGCGAUAGCAAACAGAAUACAGCUAUCACUCACACAACAGCUGAUGAAAAACUACGAGUCGAAGCAUUAUGGCACGCCCCGAACGUUCUGUUACAAGGAGAUACUAUUAUUAAGGCAACUAUUGUUAAAUCAUAUGAUGAAAUUUACGUGGAUUGCUUUAAUAUCACAUUAGUACCAACAACACAAACAGAUUCAGCUAAUCAAAGUAGAUUCGAACGAAAUUCCUUCUUGAAAGCAAAUACAAACGUAUCAUGGACAUACACUAACGAUACGGUAAUGGUAAAAAUGACUACCAACCAAGUCAAUAUUAGUGAAUGGAGAGCGAUUGGUUUUUCUGACGAUCGGGAAAUGGGUAAUGAGUAUAUAUUCGUAUGCCAAGUUUCAUCAACAGGCGCUCCAUUACUUCGACGAAUGCAUACAUUGGGUGGCAAACGACCACCGAGUGCAUCUGUUGCAGAUGUUUCUUUAAUCAGUGUUACGUAUGAAAAUGGUCAAGCAACAUGUGAAUUCUCUUUCAAUACCACUUCUGAACAGGUUGCAAAUGAACCAGUGCCUGUUGUCACAAACAAAAAUUAUUAUCUCAUCUUUGGUGCCGGAAUUCUUCGCACAGGAGAUUUAAUAACCAAACACAAUUUUACAUUUGUCUCAUCGAAAACGUAUCAACUACAAAAUCCAGAAAUGAUUGAUAUUGACAAACCAACAGCUAACGCAACUGCACCCGUGACAAGUGAUAUUAAAGCGAAUAUUAGUUGGACAUACAAUAAUGGUACUACUAAUGUCAAUAUGAGAAUCAAUAAUCUGAAAACGUUACAGUGGUUUGCAAUUGGUUUUUCACGCGAUCAUAGAAUGGGAGAAGAUCAUGUCUUCAUCUGUCGACGCUUAGCUAAUGAUACAAUAUCUCUUCAGCGUUAUAUUAAUCCAGGCGGUCAUGAUCGACCUGUACCACACAAUGGAAUUUCAGAUUGGGGUGGUAUUUUCACUGUUAGUCGGGAAAGACUUGAGAAUGGAGUUGCGGACUGUGAUUUUACACUAUCUGAUUUUGUCCCUGCAGCAAAUCAAUCCGAUCAACUUAGUUUUCCUGCACUCUCUCAAUCAACUGAAUACAGUCCAUUGAUUGCACUUGGAUCUUUAGGUAGUUCAGGUCGACUUGAAAAACAUUCGUUUCGCGACGCACUAUCUCGAAGUGUCAUGUUGAAUCGAGCAGAGACAAUUGCUAUCAAUGCUCAAUCCAAUGGACCUAAUUCUGAUAAUCUUAUGAAAGCCCAUGGUAUUAUCAUGAUUUUCACAUGGAUAGUUCUUGUUUCAACAGGUAUUCUUAUUGCACGCUACUUCAAACGUUCGUGGAGUAAUCGAAAAAUUUGUGGUAAAGCAAUCUGGUUUGCUGUUCAUCGUACUAUUAUGACCAGUGUGGCAAUUUUAACAUUGAUUGCUUUUAUUCUCAUCCUUGUCUAUAAAAAAGGACAGUGGGUAUCACAAGCGAAUCGACGUGAAUUUGCACAUUCUGUCAUUGGAAUGCUAGUUAUAAGUUUCGCAACUAUUCAACCAUUUAUGGCUUUAUUUCGGUGCAAUCCGGACGCUCGUUAUCGUUUCGUAUUUAAUUAUGCUCAUGCGGCUGUUGGUUUCAGUGCCUUUAUACUUUCCAUAGCCGCAAUAUUUUUAGCGAUGUUUUUCGAAUAUUUCGAUUUCCGAACGCACAAAGAGUGGGCAAUCGUUGCAGCAUGGUCAUGUUGGUUACCAAUAAUAUUCGUAGCUUUUGAAAUGAUCGAAAUUUAUUUUCAAAAGACUUCAUUGAAAGCAGAAAAAGCAGAUUCGUUUGCAAUGAAUGAUCGAAAUGGAACAAAUAAUGCAAAAGUCGAAACAAUAUCGUCAGCGAAUGAACCGGUGAAGGAUCGAAUCAAACUGAUUUUUCUUUCUGUUCAUCUUCUCAUCGCUUUUGCAUUAGCAUUAGCAUUAAUGAUCCUUAUUGGCCAGUCAAAAAACUAA